ACCAAUAUCAUGGCAGCAGAACGAGCGACGGCGGCACCCUCAUCCCUACCUCAUCGGAUACGCCACUGUCGCCAUCAACCAAAAGCCAUACACCACCGACCGGCGGCCUGUUACCCACCGCUCCGUCACGCACGCACGCACAAACCCCUCCGCGCAAGCAAGGCACCUCAGUCAGAUCUGGUGCAGCACCACCGCCGCCGCCAUCGGCCGACUAGGAUGGAACUUCUCUACUGUAGGCCUCCCCCUCCCCACCGAUCCAGACGCACCGGUCAGAUUCGCCGUCAAGAUGAGAAGAACUUGCCUGGACAGUGCCGCUACCCUGCAGCCUCGAUGCGCCCAACCCCCGGUCACCUCCUCCAUGGCCAUCCUUUCCAGAAGCAUGGAUGACGCCAGUUCUCGGACAACUUUUCCCCGCCCCUGCGAAAUUGCCUCUUUAAACAGUGGAGGUGCAUCGAUCCCAUCGUCUACAACAUGGGCUUGCUAUUGUUGCAGAUCCAUUAUCUUUCUCCUGAAGUUCAGUAGUUACUUAUCAAAGAUAGAAAGGAGAAGAUUCGAUGUCAUGCCACUCAGGCAAUUGAUUUUCGCGGUGGCGCUGCUGGUCAUAGUCUAUGACAGGAACAUUGGAUUAGAAAAAGAUUUAGUCCUUUACUAGAUUCAGUGGUUCUAAAUCUAAGUUUCAGGGAUUUACAAAGAGCAACAUUCAGGUUCACAUAUACAGGUCAUAUAGAUAGUGAUCUGUUCCAGUCCUUGGCCAUGGAGUUCAUUCUUGCAUAUGUAUUGUGCUCUUAAAUGCAAUAUUUGAUGAUGUGUCCGACAUCACCUAAUAUUUUUGUGAACACUUGUUAGAUUAUAUGGUACAUUUGAGUUUAUGCAUUAUCUUAUUUUCUUCUGA